AUGUUCGCCCGCUCAGCCACAAGGAACGCCUCCGCCGCCCUACGCAACGUCCAGGCCCCGGUCGGCGUCAGGUUCUACAACUCUGCCUUCCAGUCUGCCAAGCCUACUUCUGCCUUCUCUGCCCAGAAGAACUCCAAUGGCAACUACACCGUCACUUUGAUCCCUGGUGAUGGUAUUGGACCCGAGAUUGCGAACAGUGUCAAGCAAAUCUUUUCCGCGGCCAAGGCUCCUAUUGAGUGGGAAGAGGUUGACGUGACACCUAUUCUCCAAAAUGGCAAGACUGUCAUUCCCGAGGAUGCUGUCAAGAGCAUCAAGAAGAACACGGUUGCCUUGAAGGGACCUUUGGCUACUCCCAUCGGUAAGGGUCACGUCUCCCUUAACCUUACCCUCCGACGAACCUUCUCCCUUUUCGCCAACGUCCGACCUUGUGUCUCUAUCCAGGGCUACAAGACCGCCUACGACAACGUCAACACCGUCUUGAUCCGUGAAAACACCGAGGGAGAGUACUCUGGUAUCGAGCACGAAAUUGUCGACGGUGUCGUGCAGUCCAUCAAGCUUAUCACGAGGGAGGCUUCCGAGCGUGUGGCCCGAUAUGCGUUCCACUACGCUUCCGAGAACGGACGAGACAAGGUCACCGCUGUGCACAAGGCCAACAUUAUGAAGAUGUCUGACGGUAUGUUCUUGACUGCCUGCCGAGACGUCGCCAAGGAGUACCCCAAGAUUCAGUACGACGAGGACCUUUUGGACCGAGUCUGCCUCCGAAUCGCCACCGACCCCACCCCCUUCGCCGACCGAGUCAUGGUCAUGCCCAACUUGUACGGUGACAUUCUCUCUGACUUGUCUGCCGGUCUCAUCGGUGGUCUCGGUUUGACUCCUUCCGGUAACAUUGGUCGUGACGCUUCCAUCUUUGAGGCCGUCCACGGUUCCGCCCCCGACAUCGAGGGUAAGGGCCUCGCCAACCCCACCGCCCUCCUCCUUUCUUCUUUGAUGAUGCUCCGACACAUGGGUCUCUUUGAGAUCGCCGACAAGAUCGAGAAGGCUGCUCUUAGCACCAUCGCCGAAGGCAAGGCUAUCACCAAGGACCUCGGUGGUAACGCCGGUACCAAGGCUUACACCGACGCCAUCCUAUCCAAGCUCUAA